UUUCCUUUGGUCCAAAAACGCGUAUAGCAUAGCAUAUUCCACUGUUGCUAGCUAGUUCCAAAUCUAGAACAUGAAGAUGCAUCUUCUCGUAUUCACAUUCCUACUACAACUACAAGCCAUUGUUAUUCCAACUACUCUUGCACUCUCCAUUUGCAAGAACUCAUGUGGCAACAUUCCCAUAAACUACCCAUUUGGCUUAGAAGAUGGUUGCGGUGCACCCCAGUUCAGGAACAUGCUUAACUGCAGCACUAACUUGUUCUUUCAAACCCCUUCUGGUUCUUACAAGGUUCAAUCCAUCGACUACAACAAACAAACCAUGGUAAUCUACGACCCCGAAAUGUCCACAUGCUCCAUCCUUCAACCACACCAUGACUUGGUCAUGACAGAAGUUCAAACCGCCAUAAUCCCACCAUCACAAGACACCAUUUUCGUGCUCCUAAACUGCUCCAUAGACUCUCCAGUUCUCAACCAUUACAAGUACCUCUGCUUCAACUUCGAAGGCCACACUUGCGACGAGCUUUACGGCUCCUGCAACGCUUUCAGGGUGUUCCACUUGUCAACAACUAACAGUUCCCCACCGUGCUGUUUCACAAGCUACAACACCGUGAAGUUCAUGAGCAUGAAUAUAUUGGAUUGCACGCACUAUACGAGCGUGUUUGACACGGGAAAGUUGAGGGGUGUGGGACCUUUGGAUUGGGUUUAUGGGAUUAAGCUUUCUUUUAGUGUGCCUGAUGUGGGGUGUGGAACUUGUGAGAAAUCUGGUGGGACUUGUGGCUUUGAUGCUGAUACACAAGGUUUCUUGUGUCUUUGCUCAAGUACUACAAAUUCGACAAGAGAUUGUGCUGGUGGAAGCGUAAUAUCAAGGGGACAGAAGAUUGUUCCAUGGACACACUACUCCCAACUGGUUUCAUUUCUUGUAGUUGUAAUUGGUCUAAUUUACAAGGUUUAAGGUUCCCUUCAUACUUCAAAUUUAGUAGAUUUUCACUUGGUUUGUUUAUACUUAAUAGGCAGAGAGCCCCUGUGUAGUUGCAAGUUGUUUCCAUGGGGGAAAAGCAUAGUGGGUUUGCUACCAAAAUUGAAGGGAACCAUUCUUUGAUGCAAUUUGCUGUUCAAAUUAACCACCUUGUGUUACAAAAGAAAAACAUAUAUCACCACUUCAGCAAAGUCCUACAUUUUAUUUUACAUGUAAUGAAUAGAUCAAGCAUAGUCUUAUGUAGUAUGUACGAGGAUUUGUGAUAGAGUUUCUACUUUCGACCUUUUUCUCUCUUUUCCUUAAGAAGAAGCAUAGGGACUCAAUAGAAUAGUUAUACACUGUGUACAAUAGAAAUUUAGGAAUGUCCGAUUCAGUAUUAGAGAUAUAAUAAUUAGUAUUAUUUUUUUCCAUUAGUUUAAGUUUUUGGGAUGAGUGGUUUGAUGACAUGGUAUUAGAGUUUUAGAUCCGAAAGAUCAAGAAUUCGAUUCUUGGUGACCCCAAAAUU